UUAAUCAUUGAACCAAAAAGAUCACAAUAAUGCAAAAGUUCAAAUUUUCUUCUUCUACACACAUCUCUUAUUAAUGUUUCUGUCACAUUACUCCCACCACACAACGAGAACGAAGAAGAGAUAAUGGCCACCGACCAAAUGAGAAACAAAGCAGAGUUGAUCUUCAUUCCCUCACCAGCAGUAGGCCACUUAGCCUCAACCCUGGAAUUUGCAAAGCUCAUAACCAACCGUGACAACCAUCUUUCCAUCACGGUGCUCAGCAUCAGGUUCCCUUACACACCUCCAGACACAUACACCACAACACUUCUAGCUUCACAUCCUCAGAUCAAACUCAUUGAUGUUCCUCAAGCAGAACCACCUUCACAGGAGGUACAGAAGUCACCUGAACACUACAUCUUGUCCUACAUGGAAAGCCUUGUACCCCAUGUGAAAGCCACUAUACAAAACAUUGUAUCAUCUUAUCCAAACCCAGUUGUGGGUUUGGUCAUAGAUUUCUUCUGUGUUCCUAUGAUUGAUGUGGGAAAUGAACUGGGUAUCCCUUCUUAUUUGUUUUUGACAUCAAAUGUUGGGUUUUUGGGCCUCAUGUUUUCCAUUCAGAAACGACAGAUUGAGGAUGUGUUCAGUAACUCUGAUCCUGAGUUGUUGAUUCCCGGUUUCUCAAAUUUAGUCCCACCAAGGGUUCUACCAAAUGCAUGUUUCAACCAAGAUGGUGGAUAUGUUGCUUAUCACAAGCUUGCUGCGAGGUUCAGAGACACCAAAGGUAUUAUUGUGAAUGCUUUUUCUGAGUUGGAGCAGGAUGCUAUUGAUGCAUUGUCUGAUGAUCAUUCUCCUCCAAUCUAUGCAAUUGGUCCUUUGCUUAAUCUUAAAGGUCAUCCAAGCCCAAAUUUAGACCAAGCCAAGCAUGACCUUAUCUUGAAUUGGCUUGAUGAGCAGCCAGAUUCCUCUGUUGUUUUUCUAGGCUUUGGGAGCAGGGGAACCUUUGAUCCAUCUCAAACAAGAGAAAUAGCACUAGGACUUCAACGUAGUGGAGUCAGGUUCUUGUGGGCUUUGCGUUCUCCACCAACCACAGACAAUGAAGAGAAAAAUUUACCAGAAGGGUUCUUAGAAUUGGCAGAAGGUAGAGGAAUGUUGUGUGAAUGGGCACCCCAAGUGGAGGUUUUGGCUCACAAAGCUAUUGGUGGGUUUUUGUCUCAUUGUGGUUGGAAUUCCAUCUUGGAAAGCUUUUGGUUUGGGGUGCCAAUAUUGACUUGGCCUAUCUAUGCUGAACAGCAACUUAAUGCUUUUAUGAUGGUGAAGGAAUGGGGAUUAGCAGUGGAGCUGAGAGUGGAUUAUAGAAAAGGUAGUGCUCUUGUAGUGGCAGAGGAGAUAGAGAAAGGGCUGAAACACUUGAUGGAUAAAGAUAAUAUGGUUCAUAAGAAGGUGCAAGAGAUGAAAGAGAAGGCCAGGAAAGCUGUUCUUAGCGGUGGGUCUUCAUUCAUAUCUGUUAGGAAACUUAUUGAUGAUAUGAUUAGCAGCUAGCACAUAAUGUCAAUGUCCGUGAUUAAAUAUAGCAUAUGUAAGCAAUUAUUUCUAGAAGCAAGGUUAUCAUUCUCGUGAAGGUGAAAAUUAAAAUAGUUGGAGUUUGUGUAUGUAAAAUUUACCUAAGCAACUGUGGAUAUUCCUUUUGGACUGGGCGAGCCCCUAGGGGGCCUACGCCUUGGGGUUACUCGUCAAGCGGCGGUCGUCCAACCUGGGAAUUGGACCUCCCCCCGCGAGAUCAAAUCGGCCCAACAGACGCAACUGUAUACAUUAAGCCCAACUCCCCAACUAUAAAUAGGAAGCGGUUACCAUUUGUAAAGGACUUUUGAGCUCAUUUGAUCAAUACACACUUGAGAUUCAAUUA